GCGCGGCCGGCCGCCGGAGCGGCUUCUGGGAAGCGGAGUUUCGCGCCGGCGACGGCGGCGGCUCGUCCCUGAGCGUCCUGCAAGCCGGGGAGCAAGCCGUGGCGUUCGCUAUUUCAGGAAAUUAUGUACAGAAGUGUAGAGCUGCCCAAGCUGGAGAAGGACGACCCUGAGCCAUAAGAUCUGAUUUUGGCAGUGACGACAGUAGAGAGGCUGGCAUUUCCACCUGCCAGCUCUUGAGUGGAAGCUAUGCAUAUCAGUUGGUCAGCAGCGCCAAGGAACGAACGUAAUGGCAAUUGAAACGGUCUGCCUGCUUCCAGAGUAUCUUCCCGGGGUUUUAUCCUCAAGGAUUGUCUCCUCCUCCUGGCAGGAAUGCGGCACCGUUUACUCUUUGGUGAAGAGCAAGGACACGUUCUUUGAUCCUCAGCCAACACUCAAGAUCUGCCCGAACAGGGUGAGAGACCAUUUGAGUCACAGCUGAGGAAAAUGAAAUUUCCAUUUUAUUUUGUGCCUUGUGCAGGGAGCACACUAACUCUUCCAGAAACGUGUAAGUGAAAACGAGGUUGAGUUUUGGCCAACAGAAACUCAUGGUUAUGGCGAGUGACCCAACGUGAUCCGGGGGCAAGAGCCACAAAGAACUCAUGACAGGCUAUACCAUGUUGCGGAAUGGGGGUGUGGGGAAUGGUGGUCAGACGUGUAUGUUGCGUUGGUCCAACCGUAUCCGACUUCCAUGGCUGAGUUUCACACUCUUCAUCAUUCUGGUCAUCUUUCCUCUUAUUGCUCACUAUUACCUCACCACACUGGAUGAGGCUGACGAGGCAGGCAAGCGGAUUUUUGGCCCUCGGGCUGGCCACGAGCUCUGUGAGAUAAAGCACGUUCUAGACCUUUGCCGCAUUCGCGAGUCUGUGAGUGAGGAGCUUUUACAGCUGGAGGCCAAGCGGCAGGAGCUGAACAGUGAAAUCGCCAAGCUGAACCUGAAGAUCGAAGCCUGUAAGAAGAGCAUCGAGAACGCCAAGCAGGACCUGCUGCAGCUCAAGAACGUCAUUAGCCAGACAGAGCAUUCGUACAAAGAGCUGAUGGCGCAGAACCAGCCCAGACUUUCUCUGCCCAUCCGGCUGCUUCCUGAGAAGGACGAUGUGGGCCUUCCUCCCCCAAAGGUCACCCGGGGUUGCCGGCUUCACAAUUGUUUUGAUUACUCUCGUUGUCCCCUCACCUCUGGUUUUCCAGUCUAUGUGUAUGACAGUGAUCAGUCUGCCUUUGGCAGCGACCUGGACCCCUUGGUCAAGCAAGCUUUUCAGGCUACAGCACGAGCCAAUGUCUAUGUGACCGAAAAUGCAGACAUUGCCUGCCUGUAUGUGAUACUUGUGGGGGAACUGCAGGAGCCGGUGGUGCUGCGGCCUGCUGACCUUGAGAAGCAGCUGUAUUCACUGCCGCACUGGCGGACAGAUGGACACAACCACGUCAUCAUCAAUCUGUCCCGGAAGUCGGACACACAGAACUUACUGUACAAUGUCAGUACUGGGCGGGCCAUGGUGGCCCAGUCUACUUUCUAUGCUGCCCAGUAUAGACCUGGCUUUGACUUGGUAGUGUCUCCACUAGUCCAUGCUAUGUCUGAACCCAACUUCAUGGAAAUCCCGCCCCAGGUGCCAGUUAAGCGGAAGUAUCUCUUCACCUUCCAGGGGGAGAAGAUUGAAUCCCUACGGUCCAGCCUUCAGGAGGCCCGUUCCUUUGAGGAAGAAAUGGAGGGUGACCCUCCAGCUGACUAUGACGAUCGGAUCAUUGCCACCCUAAAGGCAGUACAGGACAGCAAGUUAGACCAGGUCCUAGUGGAAUUCACCUGCAAAAACCAGCCGAAGCCCAGUCUGCCAACUGAGUGGGCGCUGUGUGGGGAGCGGGAAGACCGCCUAGAAUUAUUGAAGCUUUCCACCUUUGCCCUCAUUAUCACGCCUGGGGACCCCCACUUGGUUAUAUCAUCCGGGUGUGCCACACGGCUCUUUGAAGCGCUGGAAGUUGGUGCUGUCCCAGUUGUGCUGGGCGAGCAGGUCCAGCUCCCAUACCAGGACAUGCUUCAGUGGAACGAGGCAGCCCUGGUGGUACCCAAGCCUCGUGUUACCGAGGUUCACUUUCUGUUAAGAAGUCUCUCAGAUAGUGACCUGUUAGCCAUGAGGCGGCAAGGCCGCUUUCUCUGGGAGACUUAUUUCUCCACCGCUGACAGUAUUUUUAAUACCGUGUUGGCUAUGGUCAGGACUCGCAUCCAGAUCCCAGCUGCUCCCAUCCGGGAAGAGGUAGCAGCUGAGAUUCCCCACCGUUCAGGAAAGGCGGCUGGCACUGACCCCAACAUGGCUGACAAUGGGGACCUGGACCUGGGCCCAGUGGAAACAGAGCCACCGUACGCCUCGCCUAAAUACCUCCGCAACUUCACUCUGACCGUCACCGACUUUUACCGCAGCUGGAACUCCGCUCCCGGGCCCUUCCACCUUUUCCCCCACACGCCCUUUGACCCCGUGUUGCCCUCUGAGGCCAAAUUCUUGGGCUCAGGAACUGGAUUUCGACCUAUUGGUGGUGGAGCUGGGGGUUCCGGCAAGGAAUUCCAGGCAGCGCUGGGAGGCAAUGUCCCACGGGAGCAGUUUACAGUCGUGAUGCUGACUUACGAGCGGGAGGAGGUGCUGAUGAACUCCUUAGAGAGGCUCAACGGCCUCCCUUACCUGAACAAGGUGGUGGUGGUGUGGAACUCUCCCAAGCUGCCCUCAGAGGACCUCCUGUGGCCUGAUAUUGGCGUCCCCAUCAUGGUGGUCCGUACUGAGAAGAACAGUUUGAACAAUCGAUUCUUGCCCUGGAAUGAGAUUGAGACAGAGGCCGUCCUGUCCAUCGACGACGAUGCUCACCUCCGCCACGAUGAGAUCAUGUUUGGGUUUCGGGUGUGGAGAGAGGCGCGGGAUCGCAUUGUGGGCUUCCCUGGCAGGUACCAUGCCUGGGACAUCCCUCAUCAGUCCUGGCUCUACAACUCCAACUACUCCUGUGAGCUGUCCAUGGUGCUGACAGGUGCUGCCUUCUUUCACAAGUAUUAUGCCUACCUAUAUUCUUACGUGAUGCCCCAGGCCAUCCGAGAUAUGGUGGAUGAGUACAUCAACUGUGAGGACAUCGCUAUGAACUUUCUUGUCUCCCACAUCACACGGAAACCCCCCAUCAAGGUGACAUCGCGGUGGACUUUCCGAUGCCCAGGGUGCCCUCAGGCUCUGUCACACGAUGACUCCCACUUCCAUGAGCGGCACAAGUGUAUCAACUUUUUUGUCAAGGUGUACGGCUACAUGCCCCUCCUGUACACGCAGUUCAGGGUGGACUCUGUGCUCUUCAAGACCCGCCUGCCCCAUGAUAAGACCAAGUGCUUCAAGUUCAUUUAGGGCUUUUGCAGGUUUGGGGAGAGGAUGGGUAGAGUGAGGGGGAAGGCUCCCAAGAUUCCCAAGCAUUGAAGGACCUUGGGGACAUCUGGGUGGGUGGCUCCGACCCUCUGCUGGGAGAGGCAGCUGGAAGAGUGGAAAGAGAAUAGCUGCCUUUGUCUUGAAGUCGGCCACACUGGGCCUGGAACCCUGGUCAGGAGACUCAGGGCUUCGCAGGACACUGACUGAUAGCGCACACUGAGGAGCGUGCGGCUCGGGAGAGUCACUCACUAGUUCCUAAGCCCAGGAUGGCUGGUUUGUGGUUGUUAAAUUCUGUAACAACUGUUACUAUUAUUUAAAGAGAAAGUUUCAGAUCUGCCAUUGCAGGUAUAUUUAUAUGUGUGCAUAUAUAUACAUACAUAUAUAUGCACAAUCUCACAUACGUACAUAUAUACAUAUAUAUGUAUAUAUAUAUAUAUAUAUAUAUUUGGCGUGGGGCGUGUUGAAAGUUUUUACCAAUCUCUCCAAGGGAGGGAAGGAUCCAAUCUGUUCCUAAUGCUUUGUAUCUGGUGGAGAGGGGUCCUGGCUUUGCUGUACCUGUGUGCCAUCUGUCACUCCCAUCCUCCAGGGGUAGUGGGCGUAGAAACAAGAGGAUGGACUUGGCCGUGGUUUGAGGGCUUGGGCAAGGCCAGAUCUCCUGGUGUAUCCUGCCCUGUUCUGUUGCCAGUCAGCAGUUUAAACAAAAUCUCUCCUACUGAGCGCUGUGCCACGGGGAGCCCCUGAGUGGCUUUCUGCUGGCGCCAGUGGACUUGCAGUACUGGUAACUAGGCUUGUCCCAGGCCUUACCCGGGCUUUCCACUCUCUCCUGUGUUUGAGAGAGAAAAAGGAUGCAAGCAAUGAGGCAGGACUGAGGCCUGCCCUGCCACUUCCCUGGUGAUGCCUGUGCCAGGCCCUGGGCAGCAAGCUCUCCUGGAGGUCUCUCUUUCGGAGGAGACAACAGGACGAGGCAAGCAGCGCUGACGGCGCGCAGACUGACGAGCUCGCGGCGGCGUAGAGCCAGCGUGCGUCCUGUGAGGACCCCACCCGGCUGGCCGGGGACUAAUAGCAAGGCGCCUGCCUUGGGAUGAAUACCUUGGUGAAAUUCACCUCCCCCACCUCUGUCUGGACCUCCAUGCCACUCCCGGUGGUCUUUGGGCCCCUAAUGCUAGGUUGGCUGCAGGUGCCCGACGUGAGUGUGCUGGCACCCUAUAUGCUGAGAGUCCAGCCUGGGACUUUGCCCGGCUCUCAGACCCACCUUACCACCCUUCUCUACCACUCGCAUUUCUGUUUCCUGGGCUGGACGUGAAUUAAGCUCACGGUGGUCACGGUGGCGGAAGGGGAGCUGAGGAUGGUGUUUGUCAGGGAUCGAGCCCGUGAGCUGUUUCCUCGAGCCCUCGAGCCACUUUCAUGAAGUGGUGCUGCGCGGGUUCCCUGCAGCUGCCCUGCACUCAGGUCUGUCCUGGUCACGCACAUGCCUUAAGCCAGCUUGUCUUCCCCAGACCGUGAUGUCCUGAGCUUCUGCUUCGUGGGGUUUGUUCUCUCUGCCUAGGCCACUUGGGUUCUCUUAAGGGUCACUACUGUAGCUCCCCUGCACUGGAGGGCUGGGCGGCUGAAGGGCACUCCUCACCCGCCAGCAGGACCAGCUUCUCUGCAGAGCUGCCCACUGCCAUCUGUGGCUGCUGCUGCGAGUGUUAGAUUUGGUUCUUGCCACCCAGAACAGGGGUCCUGAUUCCUUUUAUCCCAACUUUCCGACUGUCCUCUCCUUGACCUCCGAUGGUUCUUCUGUAGUGGUAGCCUUCUUCCCUCAGGGGAGCCAAAGAGUGUGGUGUUUUGCGGUAUAUACGUGGCUGCUAUUUUAUCUUUUUUUUCCCCCCCUUCAGUGCUGUGGAUGGAACCCAGGGCCAGGGCCUGCUAGACAGGUGCACUACUGAGCCGCAUCCCUAGCACUGUCUUGUUUCUUUUAAUAUGAGGAAGUGUACAUUGACCCAGUGAUGAGAAAGUCGCAGUCUGAUGGCUGGGACCCCCCGCUGGUGGGGUGAGAUCUGUGGUUCCAGUUUUGGCCACUCAUGAGUACUAUUGAAAUGUGUUGGAGGGACACUGUGAUGUCAGAGUGUCCUCGGGUCUGAGGGGACACUAACUGAAGGACCCCCAACAGCAGGCCAGGAAGACAGUGACUUUCUAAAGGACUCCUCAGUAACAAGAGGCCCUUUGGGUUAGGGGAGUUGUGCUGCUUCCGGGAGAACUGGCCCUGCUGCGAGGCAGGCUGGGAGCCCAGGGUUUGAUGCUGCUCCCCACAGGACACAACCGGUGGGGCCUCCCAACAUAGAGCCACCCAUGUCAUCCCCUUGUCCGGCCUCAGCUUCCAGUGCCCAGAAGGCUUUGUUCCCCAAUUGGUAGGUGUUCCCUUUGAGGGCACGACAACCCCCCAGGGUGUUCCUCGGUGAGGAUACAGCUGGAAGAAGGGGCUGCUUGGAGGCUCUGACACCACACCCUAUCUGUCUUCUGCCCCUGCCCCUUUCCAGCCAUGAGCACAAUGGUCUUAUGUUGGAUUUUGUAAAAAACAAAAAAAUAAUAAUAAAUAAAAAAAUAAAUGGAGACUUUUAA